AUGUUUGGACUAUUGGCACGAGGAGUUUCAGCAUUUGUUGCUUCGGUUAGCGGUAAUCAAAAAGAUGAAACGGGAAUAGAAGGAAGCAGUCAAGAUGAAUCGAGAAGUGUUAAAUCGACAAAUUCAAGUAUCAGAAGAACAUCUGACUCUAUGAAAAGUGCAAAUAUGACUGCGAAUAGGCAACAAUACCAAGUAGAGUCAGUGAAGGAAAGUAAUUUGGAAGAAAUUGUUCAAUUUUUGAUCGAUAAUUUUGCACAGACUGAAGCAAUUUUGGCAAGUUUGAAGAUUGACGAUGAUAAAAUAUGUUUGAAAGAGCUAACAGUGAUGCUCCGCGAUCUGGUUCAGGACAGUCUUCAAUGCUCAUCAACGUGUGUCAUUCGUGACGUCACUACUCGUCAAAUCGACGGAAUCGCUUUGGCUUGCAAAACUUCAAUCUUUGACAAACAAAUUGAUCGUCUAUGUGCUUACGAAUUCAGAGAACAACGUGUCCGUGAUGCUGUCGAAUUUUUGAAAUAUGUAUUCAACAAGUUGGAUGUCAUGUACUAUCUCAAUGAGCAUCGCCUUUACAAACCGGUUUUCGUCGCACUUGUUUGCGUGAGAAAAGAAUUGUGGGGUCGCGGAAUUGGUACGACAUUGAUGAAUCAUGUCAAGUCUGCAGCUCGAACAGACAGUAGCGAUGGAUUGAUCAGUUUGUGCAGUAAUGAGCGAGGACAUAAAUUGAUGAAGACUUAUUGCCCAACUGAUUUCGCUGCUGUUCGUUACGAUGCUUUCAAAGGAGAACAUCUUCGUCCACCAAUCGUGAUGCGUCCACCAGAAACAUUCCAUAGUGUAUAUGCGAUGCUCUCGAAGUUUAAUUGAGUUGCGGCUCCAACCUAUGAUCUAUGAGUAUCACAACGAAUCCGUCGCCUUCAAGCUUCUCUCUUAAUCAAUUUUCUAUCGAAAUCUGGCACUGUUUUUUUUUGAAUAUACGCUGAAUGUUUUCUUCUCUCCUUCUCUCCCAAUCAAAAUCCCACUGCAUUUGCAUUCUUUUGUCAAUCAAAACAAAAAACAAUCGAUUCUUCUUUCUGCGAUCAUUUUCAAUUAAAAACUAUUCCCUCGUUGUCCCAAUUUCACAUUAUUAUAUAUUUUGUAUGAUUACCGCGAAACACUUUUGAGAAAUGAAUAUUCAAAACUGUAUUGAGCUCUCACUACUGCUUUUUGAUGGAAACAAAAUUACAAAAAAAAGGUGAUUUUUUCAUAAAACUGUUCAUUCGCAUUGAUCGCUAUCAUCGAAACUUGAUAAGAAAAGAAGAAAUCAAAUAAACCAUUUUUAGAGAACAAUUGGGAGCUGUGGUGGGGGACUGUAUGAAGCAUUUAAAAAGAAACAAUUGAUAAAUAUCAAUUAAUAAAUUAGAGCAAAAAAGUCGAA